AGACCCGGCAACGGCGCCCGCGCACCCUGCCCGGGCCCCAGCGCUCAGCCCGCAGUUCUAGGAAGACGCCGCUUCCGGGAAGGGCUGGAACGCGGCAGACAAAGGAUUAGGCAGCAGCUCGCCCCGCCCCGCUCGUCUGGCCCGCCCCCCUCACCCUCGCAGGCGGUCCGCGCCACUGUCUCUCAGUCCCUGCCCUGCGCCCGCGCGCACCGGGAGCCUACCCAGCACGCGCUCCGCGCCCACUGGUUCCCUCCCGCCGCCGCCGUCCAGCCGAGUCCCCACUCCGGAGUCGCCGCUGCCGCGGGGACAUGGUCCUCUGCGUUCAGGGACCUCGUCCUUUGCUGGCUGUGGAGCGGACUGGGCAGCGGCCCCUGUGUGCCCCAUCCCUGGAACUGCCCGAGCCAGUCAUGCAGCCGUUGCCUGCCGGGGCCUUCCUCGAGGAGGUGGCAGAGGGUACCCCAGCCCAGACAGAGAGCGAGCCAAAGGUGCUGGACCCAGAGGAGGAUCUUCUGUGCAUAGCCAAGACCUUCUCCUACCUUCGGGAAUCUGGCUGGUAUUGGGGUUCCAUUACGGCCAGCGAGGCCCGGCAACACCUGCAGAAGAUGCCAGAAGGCACGUUCUUAGUACGUGACAGCACCCACCCCAGCUACCUGUUCACGCUGUCAGUGAAAACCACUCGUGGCCCCACCAAUGUGCGCAUUGAGUAUGCCGACUCCAGCUUCCGUCUGGACUCCAACUGCUUGUCCAGGCCACGCAUCCUGGCCUUUCCGGAUGUGGUCAGCCUUGUGCAGCACUAUGUGGCCUCCUGCGCUGCUGAUACCCGAAGCGACAGCUCCGAUCCUGCUCCCACCCCGGCCCUGCCUAUACCUAAGGAGGAUGCGCCUAGUGACCCAGCACUGCCUGCUCCUCCACCAGCCACUGCUGUACACCUAAAACUGGUGCAGCCCUUUGUACACAGAAGCAGUGCCCGCAGCCUGCAACACCUGUGCCGCCUUGUCAUCAACCAUCUGGUGGCCGACGUGGACUGCCUGCCACUGCCCCGGCGCAUGGCCGACUACCUCCGACAGUACCCCUUCCAGCUCUGACUGUGCCGGGCAACCUGCCCAGCCUCACCCAGUCGCACCCUGGAGGGGACAUCAGCCCCAGCUGGACUUGGGCCCCCACUGUCCCUCCUCCAGGCAUCCUGUGCCUGCAUACCUCUGGCAGCUGGCCCAGGAAGAGCCAGCAAGAGCAAGGCAUGGGAGAGGGGAGAUGUCACACAACUUGGAGGUAAAUGCCCCCAGGCCGCAUGUGGCUUCAUUAUACUGAGCCAUGUGUCAGAGGAUGGGGAGACAGGCAGGACCUUGUGUCACCUGUGGGCUGGGCCCAGACCUCCACUUGCUUGCCUGCCCUGGCCACCUGAACUGUAUGGGCACUCUCAGCCCUGGUUUUUCAAUCCCCAGGGUCGGGUAGGACCCCUCCCGGCAGCCAGCCUCUGUUUCUGGGAGGAUGACAGGCAGAGGAACUGAGAUCGACAGUGACUAGUGACCCCUUGUUGAGGGGUAAGCCAGGCUAGGGGACUGCACAAUUAUACCCUAUUUAUUUAUUUAUUCUCCUUGGGGUUGGUGUCAGGGGUGAGCCAACCCCACCUCUAUGCCCUGAGCCCUGGUAGUCCAGAGACCCCAACUCUGCCCUGGUUUCUCUGGUUCUUCCCUGUGGAGAGCCCAUCCUGAGACAUGUGGCUGGAACCAAGGCAAUCCUGGACGUCCCGGUACUGACCCACCCAUCUGUGAAUGUGUCCACUCUCUUCUGCCCCCAGCCAUAUUUGGGGAGGAUGGACAACUACAAUAGAUAAGAAAAUGCAGCCGGAGCCUCAGUCCCCAGCAGAGCCUGUGUCUCACCCCCUCACAGGACAGAGCUGCAUCUGCAUAGAGCUGGUCUCACUGUGGCGCAGGCCCCGGGGGGAGUGCCUGUGCUGUCAGGAAGAGGGGGUGCUGGUUUGAGGGCCGCCGCUGCAGUUCUGCUAGGUCUGCUUCCUGCCCAGGAAGGUGCCUGCACAUGAGAGGAGAGAAAUACGCGUCUGAUGAGACUUCGUGAAAUAAUAAUUAUAACAAAGAACAGUUUGGUGGUCUUUUCUCUUCCACUGAUUUUUCUGUAAUGACAUUAUACCUUUAUUACCUCUUUAUUUUAUUACCUCUAUAAUAAAAUGAUACCUUUCAUGUACAGAGCCCUCAAUGGGGCCUCUUUUGAGUUGUGUA